UCGUGAAAGAUGGCGCAGCAGGAAGACACCAUUAGCCACUUCGCCCACCCAGAGCACCAGCUCGUGAAGCGGCACUACACCGGCGGGCCAUUCCUCUGCGACAUAUGCUGGGAGGAUCUGACUGGCCCCGCCUACGGCUGCCCCAACGCCGGCUGCGACUUCGCCAUCCACGAGGCCUGCGCCGGCCACCCGCAGACGCUCACCUCCCCGGCGCACCACACGCACCCACUCGAGCUCGUCCCGACCAGCCGCGACGCAAGCCUUGUGUGCGACGUCUGCACGGGCCGCUGCGCCCCGGCCUGCUUCCUCUACCGCUGCACGCCUUGCGAUUUCGACAUGCACCCGCGCUGCACGCAGCUUCCCCAGGUCGUGUGCAGCGCGUGGCACUCGGAGCACGACCUCACGCUGGUCGACGCCGACGGCUGCUGCGCCGCCGCCGCGUGCGCCGCCGCCGCCGGGCGCGCGUGGUACUACCGCUGCACAACGUGCAAUGUUGACUUGCACGUAUCAUGUGCGGCGGCCGCCGUCGGCGACAACAACGGCGCGAACGCCAUUGUCGAACAGAUACAUCAGGCAAGUGCGGCGCAAACGCAGAUACUUCAUGCGCAGAUGCUUGCAAGGAUCCGAGUGCAGGGUGCUAGAAGCCUGUAA